UGUUCUCCAAAAGUUGCCCACAAAUCUUUGAGUUUGAUUCGUCCUCUAACCCCAUCGAUUGCUCCUGCUCCCAGAUAGAUUUUGUUUUGUGGAUGAUCCAAAAUCAUAACGUUUUGAAACGACCAGAAAACAUUUUCACCAAGUUCAGAUUUUAGAGCAACAGACUUUGACAUUGACAGCUGUGUGCACAAGAAAAGACUCACAAUUGUUUUAUCUGUAUGUUUUGUUACAGUAGUAGUUCUUUUUUCAUUCUUGGUUUAUAGGUUCCAGUAUUAUCUUCAGUAUUGCUGUAUUCUACUGAGAGGCUAUAGAUCACCUGGUCAACAAGAAUGUUCCUAUGACGCAUUUGUGAUUUUCUCCAGCUAUGAUGAAGUCUGGGUCAUGAAUGAACUGAUGGAGAAUCUGGAGAACGGUGUUCCACCUAUUCAGCUUUGCCUUCAUAUGCGGGACUUUCAAGCAGGGAAGUCCAUCGCCUCCAACAUUAUCGAUGAAGGAAUAAUGGGCAGUCGUAAAAUCAUUGUGGUCGUGUCUCAACACUUCAUUGAUAGUGCCUGGUGUCGCUUUGAGUUUGAAUUAGCUCAGUCUCGCUUUAUGAUGGAACGCAGUGCCAGCAUCAUCAUCAUCAUUCUGGAAGAUGUGGAAGAGAGGAAGACUAAGAAAGUGUUUGGACUUCAUAAGCAUCUGAAAAAGAACACGUACCUAAAGUGGAGCAGAGACCCUUUCAGUAACAUGAGAUUCUGGAUACGCCUCAGGAAAGCUAUUAUUGCCACAAACCAAUAAUAUUAUUUAGAAAGCAGAUGUCAGUAUGGUUUUCCAGUCAUGCUACAUUUCACAACAGCUUUUAGUAACAGUUUUAAUAUGUGAUAUUUUAAAUAAGUUUAAAUAAUUGUGUGUAUUCUGAUUAAAUAAAUUGGGUCCUCCUUUUUGAACCAUG